AUGUUGCAAGACGGUGAUAUAUGCACAGUCGAAAACGGUGAUGGAAAAUUCAGUGUGGUCAAAAUACUUGUCAUGAACGAUGAGAAAGUUCAUGUACGACUUUACGCCCACACAUAUGACCAACGACCAGCGGACAUAACAUCCGACAUGUUAACUGUGAGCUCUAUAGCAGAAAAGAGCGAUGAUUUUGGUGUGGGUCAUUUACCCUUAUCCCAAGAAGGAUUUGACAGUUGGAAACCAAUAGCUGUAAAGCAUGAAGAAGUUACACGAGAUGAUCUUAGCGGUUAUUUCGUAUGGUUACGCGAAUAUAUUAUCGCACUGAAUGUGCCGGGUCGACGACAACCUGGCAUAUGGGAACCAUCGUUCACACCAAAGUCUGUUCGUGAAACAGUAAAAUCUAUCACUUGCACCCAAAAUGCUGAAAAUUGA